ACGGGAUAUUAACCAGCGACGUGUCGUCAACACGCACUACCCCUCUUUCCUAUCCAUUUCUUCAUACGCAUUCACACUCUCUUCGGGAAGAAGCUCUGCCAUUAUUUAUCAGUGCAAAUCAAACUGCCAUUGUUUCGUCGAUUCUACUCGCAAAAGGAAUUAUUCACCGGCAUCGUUUAAUCUAGGGUUUCUGAUUGGAGCUCCGCUGUUCAAUUGAAGAAUCGGAGCCAUUUCUCAUUUCGCCGCGGUAGGUGGAUUAUAGUAUUAAGUUGCUUCGUCUUGUGGUAAACUGUGGUCUGGAAAUUGCGUCGCGCUGAAUGAUUAGUCGAUUUUAGGCUAGGGAUUUGAGGAGAUUUGAUUCGUUGAGAAUGAUGUCUGUGGAGAGAUCGUUUGAAGCGUGGGAGGAGGUCCAGCGGCACGGUCAGGACUUGGCCGAUAAGCUUGCGCAGGGAUUUACAGGUCUGAUUCACUCUCACAUAACUCCGCCGUCUUUCGUCUGGCCGAAUCCUCCCACACCGAGGCUGGAGUUUCCGGCGCGGAGUUUUAUGAGGAAUGACUUUGGCCUGUCCGUGGAUCAGUCCACGAUAACUGGCGUGACGGCUAUUUUUGACAUCGGGAACAGGAUAGGGCAGGCGGGGGCUGAUUUUGGGGCGAGUUUGAAUGGUGUGGUUCAGCAAUUCUUCAGGCGGCUGCCGGUUCCGUUUCGGCAUGAAGAGAGCGCUGGGCUUUCGUUGGGAACAGAUGGUCAUGGACAGAGGGCGAAUGUUGGAAUUUCGCUGCAGGAGGAUUUAGGGUCUCUGGCUGAACGAUUCAAGGAUUAUGGUAUUCCUGAAAAUGGUGCUGCGGUGGUGGAGGGUUCGACUGAGGACGAGACGCAGGCAUUAAAAAAGUUGGGUCGAGCACAGGGUACUCUCAAUGUCACAUCGACUUAUGACAGUAGAACCAGAAAUAUAGAGAGCUCUCUGGUUGCCAGAGGAGAUUUAUGGCGAGUAGAGGCAUCACAAGGUAGUUCAACAUCAGGCAGUGAUAAUUCUUCCCUUUUCCUCGUCCAGCUUGGGCCUGUACUUUUUGUCCGGGAUUCCACUCUUCUUUUGCCUGUCCAUUUGUCAAAGCAGCAUCUUCUGUGGUAUGGCUAUGAUAGAAAGAAUGGAAUGCAUUCACUUUGUCCAGCUGUAUGGUCAAAGCAUAGGAAGUGGCUGUUAAUGUCAAUGAUCUGCCUCAACCCUUUCACUUGUUCUUUCAUGGAUGUGCAGUUUCCUAAUGGCCAGUUAACCUAUGUAUCUGGUGAAGGUAUAUCAACCAGUGCAUUUCUGCCCCUCUGUGGUGGUCUACUUCAAGCACAGGGUCAUUAUCCAGGAGAGAUGAAGUUUAGUUUCUCUUGCAAGAACAAGUGGGGAACACGCAUAACACCUACAUGGCAGUGGCCUGACAAAUCAUUUGCCUUAGGAUUGGAGCAGGCAUUGGCCUGGAAGAGAUCUGGUCUCAUGGUGAGACCAACAGUCCAAUUAAGUUUAUGUCCGACAUUUGGUGGAAGUUUUCCUGGAGUACAUAUGGAAGUUACUCAUUCUGUGAAGGAUGAAUUUAAUCUUAGUUGUGGAUGUGCCCUCGUACAUCGUCCUUCUGCUUUUGCAUCAGCAUCGGUUGGGAGGUCCAAGUGGAAUGGAAACGUUGGAAGUGCAGGGGUAGUUGUGAAAGUUGAAACUCCUCUAGAUCAUUUUGGCAAUCCUUCUUUCUCUGUUCAGUUAAACAGCGGAAUCGAGUUUUAACUAUGUCCUCUUGUUUGCUGCCUUGUGUUUUAGAACUGCGCCUUGAAGUUAACUGUAUACACCGUGUUUAGGGCAUCGUAUCCUCUCUAGUCUCUCCAGCAAUUCUGGGUUAAGAAGAUAGAAUAGAAGAUGUGAAUAUUUAUGCCAAGUUGAAUAGAUUGUAUUUUGGUGCAUUUAGCAGUGGUUAAUUUUAUUCUGUUUAAUCAAGUUAAAUAGAUUUCGAGUUA